AUGGAAAACAGGAUCCCGGGGCAGAAAUCGCCAAUGGCAGUGCGACCAUUUUUUGAAGAGGAUGUGGAGUUUGUGGGAGUAGAACCAGAAGGGACAGAGAACGCAAUGGAACAAGCUUUGAAGGAAGGGAUAGUCGGUGAAGCUGGACCAUUGAAGCGGAUUAUCGUUCAGAAAGUUCCGGAAAACUAUAUUGGGGAUUCGGGUCCGAGGAUAAUGGGAAUACCAUUACAGAGCACGGUGAGAGAGGCCUUCAAUGCUCGCGACUGGUCUGCUCAAUCAAGGUCUAGGAAUGGUCUUAUCCGUAAUGUUAAAGACCUUCUAAGAACCUACGACCCUCAGGAUAACAACAUGCGCUCUGAUGUCUACUCUUGGGGUGACAUCACUCAAGCUGGACGUGGCUCUGUGCGUACUUUCCAGUCUUGGAGAACAAUGAUGUCUUGGCUUUUCACUAGAUCAAGAAACGGUACAUCGUCUACCUUGAAGAGAAUUGUUGCGCAAGCAACGGUCUAUGGGUUAUGGAAAGAACGGAAUAGUCGGAUCCAUAAUGGUAUCUCUCUUACUUCGGACAACAUUUUCAUGCAGAUUGAUCGAUCCAUAAGGGAUACAUUACUUGCCAGGAGAUUUCGCAAAGGAUGUUGUGGUCUGCUUUCCAAAUGGUCUAGAUUUAGUUAA